AUGCAAGUGUGUUGUACCAAAGACUCAAACUUCAAUCCCAACACCACCUUAGGUGAAGAAUUUCUGCCCCGACAAGAUGGUGAUCUGACGAUAAUGUAUGAUGUGAUCAGAACAUAUGAUACCAAUUACUGGGCACAGGUCACAAUUUCAAACCAUAACCCUCUUGGUCGUCUUGAUAAUUGGCAAUUAAGCUGGGAUUGGAUGAAGGAAGAGUUCAUCUUUGCCAUGAAAGGGGCUUAUCCCAGUGUUAUUGAUGCAACAGACUGCAUAUAUGGCUCGCAGGGCGAUUACUAUCAGGGCCUUGACUUUUCCACUGUAUUGAAUUGUCUUAGAAGGCCAACCAUAAUUGACCUGCCCCUAACAAUGGCCAAUGACACAAAUCUUGGGAUGAUACCUUUUUGUUGCAGAAAUGGAACUAUUUUACCCCCAUCAAUGGACCCAAGCAAGUCAACUUCAGCAUUCCAGAUUAAUGUCUUCAAAAUGCCACCGGAUCUGAACCGCUCCCAGCUCAGUCCACCACAGAACUGGCAAAUUAGUGGCACACUGAAUCCGGACUUCCAAUGCGGACCUCCAGUGCGAGUGAGUCCUAGCCAAUUCCCGAACCCAAGUGGGUUACCAUCUGAUUCAACUGCAGUUGCAAGCUGGCAAGUGGUAUGCAACAUCACUCAACCCAAGGGAGUAAGCCCCAGAUGCUGUGUAUCAUUUUCUGCCUACUACAAUGAAUCUAUCAUCCCAUGCCAAACAUGUGCUUGUGGGUGCCCUAGUAGUAGUAGUCGGACUUGUAGUACUACUACCCCCGCCCUUUUUCUUCCAUCUCAGGCUCUUCUUCUCCCAUUUGAGAAUCGAACUAAAUUGGCUACAGCUUGGGCGGAUGUUAAUCAUCUACGAAUUCCGAACCCAUUGCCCUGUGGAGAUAACUGUGGGGUCAGCCUCAACUGGCAUUUAUAUACAGAUUACACAAGUGGAUGGACAGCAAGGAUGACAAUCUUUAAUUGGGAUGAUACUUCUUUUGUAGAUUGGUUUGCUGCUGUAGAACUAGAUAAAGCAGCAGCCCCUGGAUAUCAAAAGGUGUACUCAUUCAACGGGAGUGUAUUGAAUGGUGUCAACAAUACGAUAUUCAUGCAGGGUCUUCCAGGCUUGAACUAUCUCGUAGCAGAAACAGAUGGUGCAGACCCUGCAAAAGAUCCCCGGGUGCCUGGGAAACAACAGUCUGUGAUCUCAUUUACGAAGAAAAAUUUGCCUGGAAUCAAUGUUCCUGCUGGAGAUGGGUUUCCGACUAAAGUUUACUUCAAUGGCGAGGAAUGCUCGCUGCCUAAAGUACUUCCAUCGGGUAAUUCUCAUAGAUUGGGCUCUGCUUCAAUCACUUCUGUCCUUAUAGCGAUUAUCGUCCUGAUGUUGAUUCAGCAAUAG